AUGGCCGAUCAGAACGAAAUUAUUCCCGAGGAAGGUGGUGUGAAUAAACAGGCUUUUACUUCAUGCGCCAAGUGCGGACAAAUGAUUGUAGGACAGUUUGUGCGUGCAUUGGCUGGAACUUACCAUUUAGAUUGCUUUAAAUGUCAGGAUUGCGGAACUGUUGUAGCAGCUAAAUUUUUUCCAAUAGAUGGUGCAGACGGAAAGCAACACCCUUUAUGUGAACGUGAUUAUUUUCGGCGUCUCAAUCUUAUAUGUGAAAAAUGUGGCGGUGCUCUUAGAGGAUCUUAUAUCACUGCACUUGAAAAAAAAUUUCAUAUUGAACAUUUUACAUGCUCUGCGUGUCCAACGGUAUUUGGACCUCAGGAUUCCUAUUACGAACACGAUGGCCAAGUUUAUUGCCAUUAUCAUUAUUCUACACGAUUUGCUGUAAAAUGUACUGGUUGUAAAACUGCUAUUUUGAAACAAUUUGUGGAAAUUAAUAGAAAUAAUAUUGAUGAGCACUGGCAUCCAGAAUGUUAUAUGAUCCAUAAAUUCUGGAACGUUAAAUUGGCAGCACAAAUAGAUGAUGAACCUGGUUCUUAUGACGUUCCUUCGUCAGCUGAGGGCAUAACGCCUGAAAAAUUAAAACAACAACAAAAAGCUAUAGAAGAAAAAGUUUACAACAUAUGGACUGUACUUUCUGCAUUCGAAGAAAUGUCUGCCGCAUGUAUCUCUGAUAUGCUUCUUCACGUGUCAAAUGGAGCUUACUUCGAAGGUGUAAAAAUGAUAGAGAGAUUUAUCAAUCAUGUCGAUAUUUUAUUUUCUGCAAUUGAUGAUUUAGAAGUUCAAUUAAUGCAAGCAAGUGGUCAAGGUUUACAACAUAAUAGGGAGGCCAAAAUGCUUUGCAAGAAAAUUGUCAAUUUUUUUUCAUUAUUGGCACAUACUCAAGAAGCAGGUGUUAGAAAAUUAGGCAUCACACAGGAACUUCUAGCAUUAGUAACAGGUUUAGCUCACUAUUUGAAAAUUCUAAUUAGAAUCGCACUUACUGGUGCCUUAAAAUUGGAGCGAGACUUUAAUAAUCCAUUGGCAAUUGGUCAAUUUUUAAAUAAACUCGUCGAACUUACGAAAAAGGAAGGGAAGCAAGUUUUAGAUUAUUCAAAUGUAGACAGUGAAAUUACGUCCGAUCUGUGUCAUGUAUGUCGAAUCACUGUUGAAGAAGAAUGUUACAAAUAUGGACAUUAUCGUUGGCAUAUUGGUUGCUUGAGAUGUUCUGGUUGUUCUCGAGAGCUACGCACCAUAUAUCGUGACGCUACAUUUAACCAGAUUACUGAGAUGUCGUUCUGUCCUGCUCAUACAAGUGAACCAGUUGCACCUGGGUAUCAAUAUGUCACACAGUUAGAACAAUACACAUAUUUGUUACGUAUUGAAUUAUCUCGCAUGUAUAAUUUAUUGAAACGUAAAGAUGAGCAUAGUCUAUCGGAUUACGAUGAAGUUCGUAGUGGUCGGAAGGCUAACAAAGAAGAAGCUGGUCUUGUUCGUAAAGAUUCACGAUCAAAGUCCUAUUCUAGUGGAGACAAAGAUAAAGCAUUUGUAUCUAUUAAUACAAGUGAUAUAAAGCGUAUGAAGUCUGUUAUGGAUCGUAAAUUAUCAAAUUCUGCGAAAUUUGCCAAGACUUCCAGGGUAAUAGAGCAAGAACAACCCAAUACUCCUCAAACUCAGGACGAAACUUCUAAGGAUAAAUUGGCUAGAGCACCUUCACAACAUCAUGUCAGAAUUAUUGAUGAUAAAAUGCCUGAUUCUCAGAACAGUGACGCUCGUAUGAAAUUUGACCUAGAGAAUGAAGCAAUUACAUUAGCAGACAUUUCAGCGAUUGCAGCUGCGGAAAUGUCAACAGAAGAAAAAUCAGCGAAAAAAUUACACCGAGUAUCGCGUACUAAACUUUACUUGUCUGAACUUUCAGGCCUGGAGUAUUUUAUUGUAAGGCAUGUAGCCGUCCUCAUUCUGGAACAAUACCUUAAAGAUUUUUUCUCCUUGGAUGAGUUAUUAGACAUAAUUGGAUCUAAGAAGACAACACUUUGGUCGAAAUUUGUACAGCAGAUUAGACCUAAAGAAGUGCCUGUAAAGAAAAAAGGUACGUUCGGUGUACCCCUAGAAGUUCUAGUCGAGAGAUAUGGUGUAGACUCAGUACUUGGAGCAGGACCUGGUCGAAUAAGGAUUCCUAGUUUUGUAGACGACAGCAUAUCAGCUAUGAAAACAAUGGAUAUGUCUGUCGAAGGCAUAUUCCGUAAAAAUGGCAAUAUUCGACGUUUAAAGGAUCUUAGUGAAGCCAUUGAUAAAAACCCUUCAUCAGUUAAUCUCGCUGAAGAUAAUCCAGUUCAGGUUGCCGCGUUAAUGAAAAAGUUUCUUCGUGACUUACCUGAUCCGCUUCUUACUUUCAAAUUACACAAGCUUUUUAUAGUAACACAAACUUCCUUUUCUCAUGUAGAUGAGGAAACAGGCAGUAAGAUGGAUUUGCAUAAUCUUGCAACCGUGAUUACUCCUAACAUCUUAUAUUCAAAGUCAAAAGAUCCUAUCAAAGAUGAAUCAUUUUUAGCGAUUGAAGCAGUUCAUAACUUGUUAAGGUAUCAAGAUGAUUUCUGGGUGGUUCCUGAAGACUUAGCUACAGUUUUACGCGAUCAAGAUCUAAUCAAUAAUCUCGAGAGACUAACACCAAAAGACAUUAUGAAACGUUGCGAAAAUCUUGUCAAAUUAAACCACUCGCAAUCUACGAAUACUAAUAAUGACGAUGAUUCUAGUGAAGAUUUUGUAAAAAUUUCAUCGGAGAAUUUUUCGAAUUAUCCUUAUCCAACACAGGUAGACCAAGGUGGGGAAAGCCGUGAUGAUUCGAAUCUACAUGCUUCUUCGUCAUCUUUGGCUAAUGAAGUUUCUAUUCCGGUGGAGCAACGAGCAUCUUGA